AGCGAACAUAAAAGAGUUUGUCAGCAACACCAUCACAAACAGUCGCCGACAAUAAAACCCUGAAACGCAAUAUCGCCCUGACAAUUCUUCUUGCCACGAAGAAAUGGCAACAACACAACGUUUUGGGUCCACUUUUUGCUCAAGAUUUAGGUAAAGGACGGAUUGGUUUUAGACGAUGGAACGAAAGCCUUUGAGAUUAGAGCCGUUGACGUCAUAUGGGGAUGUACUGGGCGGUUUGUCGGGAGAUUCCGAAGCGGGAGGGGUGACCGCAGCCGGCGGGUACACCCUCCCCCCUCUCCGGCCCACCCACCCGAAGCAGGGGCUAACACCCAUCGGUACCGAGGGAAGACUUCUACCCACCAGACUCUCUCCCGUAAAAGAUACUGGAGGGAAGGGCAUCCAACUUGCCGACUAUUCUAUCCUACCGAGAGCGGGUGAAAAUCGCCUUGGAACAAAUGCAACGCAGGGGAAGAACGUAGAAGUCUCGGGUCUGAGUUCGGGAUGGACUGGCAAGAGCAAGAUCGGGCCGAUCAGAACCGGGACAGGCACUGCAGGGAAAACACCAGUCAAGGUCAUAGUGGCAGCUGCGUUAGGAGCGGUUAUUCUUGCAGCGGCUCUUUUGGCUGUUUUCAUCAUUAUCUCAAGAGACGAAUGCAGGUGGCAACUGUGUCAGAAUAACGGCACGUGCACCGAUCUUGUCAAUCACUUUUCCUGCACAUGCGCAUCAGGGUUCAACGGAACGUUGUGCGAGACAGAUGUUGACGAGUGCUCCAGUAACCCCUGUCAGAGCGGCGGCACGUGUACUGAUGGUGUGAACGGCUACAACUGCACCUGUCAGAGUGGAUAUGCAGGAAGCAACUGCGAAACAGAUGUAGACGAAUGUGCCGGUAGCCCGUGUCAGAAUGGUGGGACAUGCCAGGAGGGAGUCAACCAGUUCUCCUGCAGUUGUGCUGACGGAUUCGACGGAACGUUAUGCGACAACGAUAUCGACGAGUGCGCCAGUAGUCCCUGUGAAAAUGGCGGCACGUGCCAGGAUGGUGUCAACGAUUUCACCUGUACAUGUCUGCCCGGCUAUGGCGGAGACGUAUGCGGUUCAGACAAUGACGAAUGCGGAAGUAAUCCAUGCCAAAACGGAGGCGGUUGUGUGGACGGCGUGAACCUCUUCACAUGUAACUGCGCGGAUGGAUACGAAGGGGACGUCUGUGAAACAAAUAUUGAUGAAUGCGGCAGCAGCCCCUGUGAGAAUGGAGGCAACUGUGUCGAUGGAGUGAACGGGUUCACAUGUACCUGUGCAGACGGUUACGAGGGGACACUCUGCGCCACAGAUACUGACGAAUGCGGCAGCGACCCUUGUGAGAAUGGAGCGGCCUGUAACGAUGGAGUGAACGGAUUCACAUGUACCUGUGCAGCUGGUUACGAGGGGACACUCUGCGCAACAGAUAUUGACGAAUGCGGCAGCGACCCUUGUCAGAAUGGAGCGGCCUGUAACGAUGGAGUGAACGGGUUCACAUGUACCUGUGUAACUGGUUACGAGGGGACACUCUGCGACACAGAUACUGACGAAUGCGGCAGCGACCCUUGUCAGAAUGGAGCGGCCUGUAACGAUGGAGUGAACGGGUUCACCUGUACCUGUGCAGCUGGUUACGAGGGGACACUCUGCGACACAGAUACUGACGAAUGCGGCAGCAGCCCUUGUCAGAAUGGAGGCGUCUGUGCUGAUGGAGUGAACGGGUUCACAUGUGACUGUGCGACUGCAGCCGGUUACGAUGGGACACUCUGCGACAACGAUAUUAACGAAUGCGGCAGCAACCCUUGUGAGAAUGGAGCCGCCUGUAACGAUGGAGUGAACGGAUUCACAUGUGACUGUACAGCCGCGACUGGUUACGAGGGUACACUUUGCGCCGAAGACAUAAAUGGCUGUGCCAGUACGACGUGUCACGCGGAUGCCGAUUGUACAGAUAACCCUCCCCCCGCCACGGACGGCACGUGUACAUGUAAAGCUGGGUUUGAUGGCGACGGUACCGAUGGUGGGACCGGAUGUACAGCUACAGCUACAACUGUACCUCCAUGAAGCAGCGACAGCAGAGACAACACGUUAAACUUGCUUCAACGACACACCAGCAACCAUGACACGACCAAGGCCUAUAUUGAAAAGAAAUGUUCCUUUUCCGGUUAAAGGUUAAAGGGCGCUGUCGGGCAGUUCACAGAAUGUUUUUUGUCACUUUCGGGCAUGGCACCUACGUGGCCCCGUGGGACAUCUCGCGGCUCCCAGGGACGACUACUCGCAAGAGACAUAACAUUUUCUAUCUGACACAUGAGUAGUGGAAUUUAAAGUAGACAUCUAAGAUUCAUAUAUUUCAGAUGAUGGCUUUGAUUUUAAAAAAUCGUGAAGUGAUUAAGAAUUGCAUUUCUUUGUUUUAAAGAUUUCGAUAUACCUCUGCUUGUACGAUAUAUAUCAGACUGAGUAUAUUGAAAUACAUCAUGUUGAGAAUACCAGCCAUUUGAUGCUUUUACUGAAUUAGGUAGUUCCACUGACACGAUACCUCUGAUUGUGAAUAAACAAAUGAUAUGUGUGUAUAUAUGAUCAGCUAUUGAAUACUUUAGAUUAGUUGCUUGAAUGUGUUUUUUUUUCUCAAUUCAUAAUCUUUGAUGAUACACCAGUUUACGUUUUAUGUGUAUAUUUCGAGUAUACAUUACAUGGAUAUAUAUUGCUUAUUGUCAUGGCAUUUUUAUUUCAACUGUGUAAAAAUUCUUGUGGAACUGAAACACAAUUCCGAAAUAAUGAUCGUGUCAAGUUUACUAUGUCGUUCUAAUAUCUUUAAAACAAUGUUUCAAAUGCAUAUAAAGUAUGGUUAUGCAGAUUAAACUUCUAGAUG